GUUUUACAUAUUCGCUUUGUGCCAUGUAGAGAUUCCAUUGUAAAAAUGUCGCUUUUGCCGGGAGCACGUAAGUUUAUACCAUCGGCUAAUGAGCCUGCACAUUACGCUCCUGGAGCUGGUCGAGGUGCCACAGCAUUCACUACUAGAGCGGAUUUUGGCUAUUCAUCGGUAUCUUCUGCAGAUCCAUUCGGUAAAGCACCCGAGGGUUAUAUUCCUGGACGUGGUAGGGGCGCAACAAGUUUUGCUGGUGGUGUAUCGCGUGACGAUGUCAGCGAAGCAGUAGAUUUGACUGUGGUUGGAGGGGAGGAUUCAUUAAACCUCGAGAACGAACAGUUAUUCAAAGAUGCAGAAUACGAUGACGAGGAUAGAGAGGCAGAUCUCAUAUAUGACUUUAUUGACAAUCGUAUGGAUGAGCGUAGGCGCUCGAGACGUGAAUCGCAGAUUAGAACAGAGGUUAAUAAACAUCGUGCUGACAAGCCCACUAUACAUCAGCAACUCGCACCGUUAAAGCGUGAUUUAAAAAACCUAUCGCUUGAAGAAUGGGAAUCCAUACCUUCCAUAGGUGACUAUUCCUUUAAGCGAAAACAACAAAACAAACGCCAACAUCAGUAUACUGCGGCACCAGACUCGUUAUUAUACUCAGCCAAGGUCCAUAUGCAAUCUGAGAGCAGUAUAGGUACAUCAACGCCUUUAGGUUUUUCUACACCAUUAGGUAUUAUGGGUGGUAGUGCAACACCAUCAGGUGUACGCUCUUCCUUGAUCAGUGCUACAUCUGGUGAUACAAGUUCAUUGAAUGAUCUUGGUGAAGCCAGGGGUGCUGUUUUAUCUAUCACAUUGGAUAAAGUUAUGGAUAACAUCAGCGGUCAAACGGUCGUUGACCCCAAGGGUUACCUAACGGAUCUAAACUCCAUGAACAUUAAAAGCGAUAGUGACAUAGCCGAUAUAAAGAAAGCACGAAAACUUCUAAAGUCAGUGAUUGCUACGAACCCUAACCACGCUCCCGGUUGGAUAGCAGCAGCCCGUAUUGAGGAGUUGGCGGGCAAAAUCUCGAGUGCCCGGGAAAUUAUCGCACAGGCCUGUGAAAAGUGUGGCGACCGAGAAGACGUUUGGUUGGAAGCAGCUCGUUUGGAGAAGCCAGAGUACGCUAAAGCCGUAUUGGCAAAGGCUGUUCGCAUGGUUCCGCAGUCAGUCAAAAUAUGGGUUGAAGCCGCGCGGCGUGAAUCAAACGUCAACGAUAAACGUCGUAUUCUACGGAAGGCCCUUGAGUUCAUUCCUAAUUCAGUCAGGCUGUGGAAGGAUGCUAUAUCGUUGGAAGACGAAACAGAUGCAUAUGUCAUGCUCAAGCGUGCGGUAGAAUGCGUUCCCGAUUCCGUGGAUCUUUGGUUGGCUCUAGCCAGGCUAUGUUCAUAUCAAGAGGCGCAGAAGGUGCUCAACGAGGCGCGUAAGCAUCUACCAACAAAUGCAGAUAUUUGGAUUACUGCUGCUAAACUCGAGGAAUCAAACGGUAACCAGCAGAUGGUUGAGAAAAUCAUAUCACGUGGUUUGGAUAAUCUCAGCAAAAAGGGGGUUAUACAUGUCCGUAGCAACUGGUUAAAACAGGCUGAGCAGUGUGAGGAAAACAAUUUUGUACAGACGGCACAAGCAAUUAUUAAGUGCACCAUGAACAUCGGCUUAGAUCCGGCCUUGCUUAAGGAGACAUGGCUAGAAGAUGGUGAGCGCAUGGAAGAAAAAAAACUGUUCGCGUGUGCACGUGCAAUAUAUCGGAGUGCCCUGGAACAAAUGAAAACGAAAAAGUCAUUGUGGCUGGCUUUGGCAGAGCUUGAGACCAGACAUGGCAAACCAGAGGACGUUGAUGACGUACUAUCACAGGCUACCAAGUACUGUCCUAAUUCCGAUAUAUUGUGGUUAAUGGCAGCAAAACAUAAGUGGAUACAGGGCGAUGUAGAAAGUGCAAGAGCUAUACUGGCGGAUGCCUAUUCCAAAAACAUGGAUGUUGAAUCAAUCUCAUUAGCCGCUGUUAAAUUAGAGCGAGAACAUGAUGAAUUUGAACGUGCCCGAGCAUUGCUGGAGAGAUCUAGGAAGCAAUGUGGCACACGGAAGAUAUGGAUGCAAAGUAUUCAGCUCGAGCGCCAGCUGGGUAAUUAUUCAGUGGCUAUCGACCUUUGUGACCAGGCGUUGGAAAUCCAUCCGUACUUUGACAAACUGUGGAUGAUUGCAGGUCAACUACGUUUAGAAUUGCCAGAACCAGAUGUAGCAACGGCGAUUAACAUAUUUAAAGACGGUGCUGACCAAUGCCCAUGGAGUGUUGGCCUCUGGUUACUUGCUUUAGAGUCACUGGUGCGUGACAAUGAACAUGCUAAAGCACGGGCACUCGUAGAUGCUGCUAAAACAAAGAUACGGUGCAUUUUAGGCCCACGCCUUAAGCAUACAGAACAAGUUGCUACAGUGAAUACUAAAAAGUUAUCCCCUACAGAGUUGCUCCGCUUAGCAAGGGCAUAUGGAGACAUUCCCGCUGCGACAACAACAUCCAUGCAGGAGGAAGAAGAAUUGAUUGAAUCGCUAUGCCAGAAUAUACUUAAAAGCUGUGACCUUUUGUGGCUCCGUGCAGUUGAUAUAGAACUUGAAUCUGGCAACGCUGGUAACGCCUAUUUUAUGAUGUCCUCGUCUUUACAGGAGUUCCCCGAUUCCGGUAAUUUAUGGGCGAGAGCCAUCUUUUUAGAGGAGCGCAACGCUCAAAACUCUAAGGCAGUCGACGCACUCAAUCAAUGUUCGAAUUCACCAUUGGUUGUGAUGGCAGCUGCGAAGUUGUUUUGGCGUGAUGGCAAGGUAUUAAAAACCCGUAAAUGGUUCAAGCGUGCCUUGGCCAUAGAGGAAUCCAAUGGUGUCAUUUGGGGCACAUUCCUUGCAUUUGAGUUGGACAGUGGUGACAACGAUGCCAUAAAGGAUGUUAUUAACGGAUGCACUAAAGCUGAGCCAAGCACGGGUUACGACUGGUGCCGUGUAGUCAAACGCGUCGUUAAUUGGCGAUUAACAUGGCCUCACAAGAUGUACAAAUUUGUUGAAGAACAUUACAACGAUAUAUUAACUAAAGCUCUAGAGAAACUGCCCGAUGACAUUAAAGCAGUCCUUGUGCCAGAUCAAUCAAAAGCUGGAAUCGAUGGCUCUUAACAGAUGCAAUCAGUUAAUCAUUGAGUAUAGUAUUAAAAUAAGAUC